AUGACCCUACCGCCAGAAACAAUUAAGGAGACGAUACACAUGACUCUACCUCCCGAGACUGUAAAGGAGACCGUGAAGGAGACCGUGAAGGAGACCAUGCAUGUAACUCUACCGCCGGAAACAGUGAAGGAAACUAUCCAUGUUACCUUACCUCCAGAGACCGUCAAGGAGACGGUUCAUGUUACUCAACCGCCAGAGACAAUAAAAGAGACGGUACACGUCACCCUACCUCCCCAGACCGUGAAGGAAACCGUACACAUUACUCUACCACCGCAAACAGUGAAGGAAACAAUACACGUCCCGGUGACAGAAGUUGUUCAUGUUACGAAGACCGAGGUCCAAAAGGAAUCGAUUACACUACCUCCACAGACGGUGAAGGAAACUGUCCAUGUUACCAUCCCUGUCACGAAGGUAGAAGAGAAGCUCCUCACGAAGACCGAACUGAAGACGGAAAUCAAGCACGAAAUAAAGACCGAAGUACAAACCGCAAUUCAGACUAAACUCGAAACCAAGGUUGAGACCGUCCACAUUACGCUUCCUCCCCAGACCGUCAAAGAAACACUACCUCCUCAGACGGUGAAGGAGACAGUACAUAUCAGCAUUCCUGUCACCAAGGUGGAAACCGUGAAAGAAACCGUACACGUUAAUAUUCCGGUGACCACGGUACAGACUGUGAAGGAAACUGUGCAUGUGAGCGUUCCCGUAACGCAGAUACAAACUGUGAAGGAGACAGUACAUGUCACUAUCCCCGUCACGAAAGUCGAGACGUUAAAGGAGACGUUGAAGGAGACCGUCGCUGUGAGCGUACCCGUUACGAAGGUGGAAACUCUUAAGGAGACCUUGAAGGAGACUCUCAAGGAAACUCUCAAGGAGAGUAUUCCUGUUACGCAAUUGGAGACGGUGAAGGAGACAGUACACGUUAGUAUUCCAGUAACCAAGGUGGAAACUGAAACUGCCAAGGAGACGGUACACGUGAGCAUUCCGGUUACAGUGAAGGAGUCAGUAGCCAUCAGCGUUCCCGUGACGGUGAAGGAGAGCAUUGCUGUUACGGUCCCCAUCACCGAGGUCAAAUCGAUCCACGAGACCGUAGCUAUCACGAAGACCGAAGUAUCGCACCUGCUCGAGACGGUUGCGCUUACAAAGACGGAGGUCUUGAGCCAUCUACAGACACAGGUACUCACAGAGACGGUUCAUAUCUCUCUACCGCCACAGACAGUUAAGGAGACUGUUCAUGUCACCCAAGCCGUGACCGAAACUGUUCACGUAACCCUUUCAGCGUACACUCAGACGGUACACGAGACAGUCCACGUUACUCUACCGCCGCAUGUGAUGACUGUAUCCGAAGUUAUCCACGUCACUGUUACAGAACUGGCAGAAGCCUGCCACCAAACGGAAGUAAUCAUACCAAUUAUUCACGAAACCAUACCCCCGGUAGUCCAUGAGACUAUCGUAGUCCCGCCCAUGGCCCAUACAACAUCCGCAGCUCCUCCUAUGGUCCAUAUAACGUCCGCAGCUCCCCCUAUGGUCCACACGACAUCCAUGGCCAUGUAUCAUGUUAACUCCACGUCGGUUGCUCCUCCCAUGGUCCACGAGACUAUUAUAGUUUCUCAAGCGACGGGCCAUGUGGCACCAUCUAGCACAGGUGCGGUACCAGUCCCGCCGCCUGCAUCAUCUCUAUCAUUAGGAUACAUGAUGCCCCACCAUGCCCGGCGAUGGCAGGCGUAA